CUUGAGAGUUUGUAUUUCGGAGGCGCAUUCCUCGGUACGAGUGAAGCCGUCGUUGUCGCUGCAGAGCUGCCGAUUUUCAAUGUUGACGACCAGAGUAUCGCGUAGUAGCGCCAACAGGAGAACAAACGAGUAGAUCGAGCCAGUAGAUCAAUGAAAUGUCUGCGCUACUGAAUCGAGACGAAUACAAGAAGAAUCCGUACUUUGAUCCCGACGACGUCAUAUACAGCAACUACACGUAUUUUUACGUAGCGAUCAGCAUCUGCUCGAUCAUCGCUGGCUUUUUGCUCGUCCUCAACGUGGUGUUCUGCUAUUGCUCGCAGUACCGCGGCUACUGGAGGGAUCGGCACACUGGUAAUCGUUGGAUCAACACUAUCUGGACGGCAACGCCCCAGAAUAAUCCGCCUCUCGAUUUGUCCGAGCUAGAGGGCGGCCUUCGGCCACAGUACUCCGGCACUCACGCGGUCGCGCCUUACCACGACGAGGAAACCGAGCGUGGAUCCCGGCAGGCGCAACAGUACAUAGAACUGCAGAAGCGCGAAAGUGACUUUUGAAUUGUUUUUACCACUACUUUUUUGAUUUAAAAAAAAAAAAAAAAAAGAAAUACCAUUGAAGAUGAG